AUGGAGGAAGAAGAGAGGAAAGAAAGAAAAAAGCGCGAACGAGCCCAAGAAGCCUUGCGCAAAGCCGAUCGAAUUCGAGCUGCACAUGAAGAAUUGGCAGGGGAACGACGAGCGGCACGAAUGAAAAGCCAUACUUCAUCAUCCUUUGAAUCAUGCGAUAGAUUAGAAUGGUGGGAAAAAAAACAACCAAAAUCCGAUAACCGCUUUUCAUCGCCUGUUAUCCCGGCACUCAGAGAUCGCCGUGAUUCAAAUUCGUCUCAAAGAAUUAAUAACAAUGAGCAAAUUGGCUUGAAUUUUGAUUCAAUGAAUAUAAAUUCCCGACCAUCGUCGAAAUUAAGCGAUAAAAGCUAUGAAGGACCACGUAAAUCAAAUAGGAAGUCUAAUGGUGAUCUAAAAAGUCUACAGCCGAUGUCAUUACAAAAUAAACAACGAGCGAAAUCCGGAGACAACAGAAAUCGUUUGACGAAUAGUGAUGCUGGAGGAUAUGAUUCAACAUUUGGUAACGAACUUGAACGAGAAGCGAUUAAAUCUCGAGGCUUUACUGUCCCGAAAAAACCCUAA